AUGCCCAAACGAUAUGACAACUUUGUUCCCGGCGAUGAGGUACCUGAUGUGCCUCAGCCUGAAGAUGUCAUGUCUGAAGAGGGAGAUCACACCGGCGAUGUGCUAAUUUCUUUUGAGACAGAACCAGAUACAUGGGGAUUGUACCGAGUGUAUCCUACUCGUCCUACUCUAUUUCCGUGGACCGGUACCACCCUUAAUACUCUAUGCGACUCUCUGAUGUUGCAGACAGGUGAAAAUCCCAAUAACACUUCAUCUUGGAUUCACACUGGCCCCCCCCUCCCAUUUUACGUCACUCCCAAAAAUCUGUACUCUGCAUUCAGCAGUCCAACAGCUGGUCUACUUAUGUGCUGGCAAUAUUCCACCGCAAACCUCAUUUCCAAUGCUGCUUUACAGCGACUCACCACUUUCCUUAACAACGAUGCUUAUGAUAGAAGGGAUAUUAGCAUUUUCAAUCCUACUCGCGAGAAGAGACUGGUCACACAGUACCUUGAGGACCAUUCCAACCCUUUUAGCGCGAGGAAUGGGUGGAAGGAGUCAUCUGUCUACAUCCACCUCCCUAAAGAAUAA